GGUGUAGCUCAUUUCUGAUAUAAAUAUGUGGAAAGAAAAUGGAUUUUGAUAAAAAAUGCAUUAAUUGUAACAGAUAUUUGCGAAAAACAGUUGGAUAUAAAAAAGUUAUUAUGACAAUUGAUGAGGCUAAUAUUGCGACAUAAAAAAUUGGAAAGAGAGUCUUUAUUAAUGAUACCUUUUGUGGUAAGUGUCGAGUUAUUUUAACAAGACCACCUAUACUUAAGAACACUGAGGAUUCAUCUCCAGAUCAAGUAAGUAUUGAAAGUCAGCCAAUUUCAUCUCAAUCCUCAUCCACUACUAUUUCAUCUGUAUCGUCAACUGAAGAUCCUUCAUAUGUUAUUGAAGAAAAAAUGGAAGAAGAAUUAGAAUUUAUGGAGUUGGGUUUUCCUCGAAUUGUUGCUACUCACAAAUACUGUUGCAUUUGUAGAUCAUCAUCAAAUAUCAAAUCUGUUCCAUUUGAAGCACGCAAACAAGUGUUUUUCAAAAGACAACUCCUUAUUCUCGAAGGAAAUCGGUGUUGUAAAGACCAUCUUAUAAAAAAGCGGUUCUACGAUGAAGACAUUAACAAUUUUCGAAUUUAUUCGAACACCAGUGUAUUUGAAGUUCGUGAUUUGGAAAAAUUACUGGGGCAGCUCGCUAUUGGUACUGACUCGUUCCUAAUUGAUAAAAUUGGAGAUCACUCGUUUUCAGAAAAACAGUUAGAGGCAUUUACUAGUCUUACCUGGGAAAAAUUGAUAUUUUCACUUCGUGAAAAGUUAACAUCGAUGAGAAACUCAGUGAAUCGUAAUAUCGUUCAAGCUCUUGUUAUUUUUUUAUUCAAAUUACGAACCGGAAAUUCGAAUGCAUUAAUAUCUUCCGUUUUUGGUUUAGUUCGGGAACAAAUUGUAUCUGACUACUGUGAUGACUUCGUUUGAAAAAGAUGUUUUACCUCAGCAUUUUGGAAUUGAUGCUAUCAGUAGGGAGACAUUACUCACUAAUACGUCAAACACUGCUAAAAAAUUGUAUCAAGUAGAAGAUGACCAGUUGAUAUUCAUUUGUGAUGGAACAUAUAUUCGUCAUGAAAAAAGUGCAAAUAACGAAUACCAGAGGAAAUCAUAUUCUGGUCAAAAAAAGGUUCCUUUGUGUAAACCAUUCACGAUAUGCACUACGAAUGGUUUCGUUAUAGAUAUGCUUGGGCCAUAUACAGCUAAUAUGAACGAUGCUGAAAUUAUGAGAGUGAUCUUAAAUGACCCCAAUGGUCUGAUUAAAGUGCUGAAAAAAGAUGACAUUAUUGUGGUUGAUCGUGGCUUUCGUGAUGUGAUUGUAUACUUAGAAGAAUUAGUGUUCAAAGUGCUAAUGCCUGCUCUCAAAGGAAAACGCAAUCAGUUGACCACAGAUGAAUCGAAUAAAUCCCGUUUUGUUACCAAAAUUCGUUGGGUUGUUGAAGCAGUACAUGGCAAUAUUAAACAGAAGUUUAAGCUAUUAGAUCAUAAACUGGAUAACAAAUUGCUUCCAAAAACUAGUGUUUUUUGUCGAAUCGCUUGUUUUUUGCACAAUGAAUUUGGAACAAGACUUAAUUCUGAUCUUGAUCUUACAGAAAAAAUAAUUGCUGCCAUGAAUUCAAAAAAAGAUCAAGAGAAUACUUUAGCCUUGGAGAUAAAAACUAAUCGUUGGGCCAGAAGAAAAGUUCCCUUUGCAAUAAUAACUUCAGAACAAUUAACUGACUUUCCAGAAUAAUCAGAGCAAGAACUCAAAAUUCUUUUCACUGGAUCAUAUUAAAUGUCUCAAGCUGUAUCGUAUUUAGCUGAGAUGAUGGAUGAAAACGGAAUAAUCACAUUCCAUUAUUUAAAAAUUACACGUAAUAUUAUAAAAUUCGAAGUCAGAUCUCGACAUAUUAAUUCGAAGACAUAUCGUUGUUUUAUUGAAUAUCAGCCAGAUAAGAACGAUAUUUCCGGAAUAACUCGAUAUUGUUGUGAUUGUGCGAAUGGUAGACGUACUGUUGGAUGUUGCUCUCAUAUUGCUGCUAUCAUAUAUUAUUUAUCUUACGCUCGAUAUUUGGCGAAAAUUGUAAGACCUGCU